AUGCGCUUCGCUGAGAUUUCCCUCAUCCUCGCUCUGUCCACUGCGGCAGUUGCUGCUCCUCACCCGGACGGAGAAAAGACUCUAUACAAGGUCGGCACGAGCCCCCGAUACAUUCUUGCCCGUGGCUCCGGCGAAAAGGUCCUUCAUAAGGGCAGCGCCUCCCAACUGCUCGCCCGUCAAACCUCCGGCGAGAGUGGCUCCGCCGGAAACUCUGACACCUGCUACGGCGUAGACGCCACAUGUGCCAGCUGCUUCGGUACUAACUGGGCCCCUUGCUCUGACGGCGUCACUUGCUACGACAAAACCGACCCUACCAGCACCUGCACGUCCUCUGGCUCCAGCGGCAGCGGCAGCGGUAGUGGUAGUGGAAGUGGUAGUGGCAGCAGCUCCGGUGGUUCUGCUGGAAGCUCCGACUACUGCUACGGCGUAGACGCCACAUGCGUCAGCUGCUUCGGUGCUGGAUAUCUUGAGUGCUCGGAUGGCGUCACUUGCUACAACCCUUCUGAUCCGACCACCUCUUGCCCCGACGGUACCUCCGGAUCUGGUUCGGGAACUGGAACCGGUUCGGGAUCUGGCACAAGUACCGGUGGUGCUGGAUCUGGCUUGAUUGGCAUCAGCACUACUGCCACCGCUGCCGGCUCUACAGCUACCUCUGGCGGUGCAGGCUCSGGCGGCUCCUCCCMCACCUCCGCUGCACCGACUACCCACUCUACCACAUCUACCACAUCCACCGCCUCCUCGACAUCGACCACCUCGACAUCCACCUCCUCCACCUCUACGGCCGCUCCUUCUCCCAUCUCUGGCAACAAACUCGGCGGCGCUGCUGGCUUCUCCAUUCCUUUGGGUUUGUCCGCCGGUGCCGGUGCUGCAGUGCUCGUUGCUGCUGCUCUGAUCUAA